AACCAACCCACUCAUUUCCCAGAUUAGGGCCGCUCGGAUGCAACGCGCCCUAGUCCGAUUACAUUUCGCCACAAUUCAUUAACAAUCUAAGUAGAGAACUUGGACUGGCUGGUAACGCGCAGCAGCACCACAAACCACGCUCCGUCAUCCAUCCAUCAACCCACACCGACUCCCCGACCCCGACCCCUGCAACCCUCCCCCACCGCCCCAUUCCGCGUUUCCGUUUCGUCCUUCUCCCAUCGCACACUCCACAACAAUGACAAUGGGCGAAGACGACAUUGACCUCGACUCGGGCAACGAGCUCGACAACGACGAGCUCGCAGGAGAGGGCCAGGAACCCUCCUCUGGAAAGGCUACUCUGAAGCGCGGCGAUGCAUGCUUGGCCUGUCGACGGCGACGAAUCCGAUGCAACGCAGCCAAGCCUUCAUGCGCGACAUGCACGCGACUCAAGAAGCAGUGCGUGUACGAGACGGGCAAGUCGACGAGCCGGAUCGCCGUGCUCAAGCAGCGAAUUGCCGAGCUUGAGAACCAGCUCAAGGGUCAGACACCCGAGUCCAGCGGCCCGUCACCUCCAGUACCGAGCUCGACGACGGAGGCCACCCCCGCGGGGAUAAACAUUGCCCAGACAAUCAACCCCGCAUCACUGGGCUUCACGGCCCAGGGGUUCGGCGUAGAGGCGACGUUCAACAACGCAACACAGCAUGUUCAGGCGACGCACACUCACGUCCAUGGGCACGUCGGCGGCGACCAGCGCCAGCAGACAUACACGCCCUCGCUCAACUCUACCGCGACAACUACGAGCACUGGCACAAAUCAUACGACACCAGAGCAGCAGCAGCAAUCUCAUGACCCUCGGUACAAUGCCAACGGAACAUCGACAGCCGGUUCACGCCAGCUGCCGUAUGCGCAGAGCUCCAACCCGCGUCCAUUCGGCCCACCCGACCCAAACUUUGACUUUGACCUGUCAUUCCUCGACUACAACGUCACCGACAUUUCGCAGUCAAUGUUCAACAUGGGCACUGGCGCGCCGGUCCCUCCGCACCCAAACAUGAAUUCGAGUAUGAUGCCACCGCCGCCGGGCCAGGGCCCGCCGCAGCCAAUGCCCCAGCCCCGCGUGGUCCCAAAGGACAACCACUGUAUCAACAAGAAGCGCGAGGCGGUGAACCAGAUGUCUGCGCAGCGCGGAGACGCUACCAAGGCGGCGCUCGCCAUGGGCGACCUUGUCGGAGUGAACGGCGGCUCGGCCCCGUACAACAACGGCAAUACGCCAGCUACGCCGUUCAAGCACUCGUCCAAGACCCCAGACGAGGAUGUUGACGACUUCCACUAUCAGGUGCCGACAGAAGAGAUGUCCAUUCUGCCAAACAUUCCGCAGGGGCGAGAGCUCGUCGGCGGCUGGUUUGACCCCAACGACGUGCCGCCUCCUGUCCGUGACCAUUUGCUCGACCUCUUCUUCUCGCGCAACGCGGCCAACCUCGUCGUCGAUCUCACCCUUCACCUGCCGCGGUUCUACAUGCGCCUGACCCUCCCGCCGUCCAAGCGCCCACACCCGGGUCUCUUGUACUCCAUCUACGCCACAGCCGCGCGCAUGUCGACGCAGCCAGGCAUCAAGCAGCUCGAGUCGCAGUUCUUUGAGAUUGCCGACAAGCAGCUGCGGAUUUCGGUCGCCAACCACGACAGGUUGCUCGAUACGGUGCGAGGGAUGACCCUGCUCACGAGCUAUCUCUUCGCCAAGGAGAAGUACAGCUUGGGGUAUCACAUGUGCGGUGCGGCGGUGCGCCUCGCCAUUGCCUGCGGCCUCGACCGCAUCCCCUCGUCAGUGUGGUCUGCACCUCCGCCGUUCAACGCAGCCAUUCACUGCACAUUACGCACCGGCGGAUACUCUAUCCCCCCACCCGACGACCCCGUUGAGCUCGCCGAGCGCAUCUACGCCUUUUGGUCCGUUUACGAGGUCGAUCUCUGCACGGCCAUCGCCUACCUGUGGCACACUGGUCUUCCGAUCGAGGACGUGCGCACACCAUUCCCGCGUCCGCUGUUCGAAUACGAGCUGGGUCUGGUCUCGGUUCAGGACGACAUUUCGCUCCAGUCGCUGCUUGACCCGCCACCGUCGGGACUCAGCCGUAGCGCCGACUCGUCGUUCAUCGUACUGCGAAUGAAGGCACUUACACUGCUCGCCAGGGUUCUCAAGCUGAGGCAAGAGCGACCCGAGGUCGACUCGCCGCCGUCGCCAUCAGCCGGCCCGCCUACGUGCUCGUACCCUGGCUCACCAGCCCCCGCGUUCGCGACUCACCCCGCCGGCUUUGUUCGCAUCAAGCGUGCGCUCGACAACUACGCGGCGCAGCUGCCGCAGGAGCACAAGGCCCCGUGGCAGUGGGACGAGGGGGACAACAUGAUGAUGCCGCGUGUGGCCAUCUCGCGCGAGUCGUCUGUCCUACACUUCCUCCUCGGCAACGCGUACAUGCAGCUGUGGAAUGUCCGAUCGCUCGACGCGGACAAUGCAGUCGCGCUGCUCGUCGCCCGUCGCCUGGUCAACGUCAUGUACUUGUUCCAGACGGAGCCCAUGUCGACGGGCUACGACAUUUUCAUGAUUACCAUCUGGAACGAAGUGGCCAUGGUGCUCGUGCGUGAAGUCAAGCGGCUGUCGCACAUCGGCGACCGGGCGCGCGCGGCCGAGGUCGACUCGGACCUCGGCGUCGCCAUCGCUGCGAUGAAGAAGUGGGGCGACGUGGACAUCUCCAACCAGCACGACGGGUCGGACAUUGCGGCCAUCAACGGCAAGAUGCUUGAGCAGCUGCGGCUCAUGUCGGAGGAGGACUGGGCCGAGGCGAUGGUCGAGUCGUCGAGGAGGUUUGGAGGAACGGGUGGGGACUCGGCUGGGUGCGAGAUUCCGCCAGUCGCGAUUGACCGGGCGAGAGGUGGUGUUGUGUAGCGGUCGCGUCUGCGUAAUGUGUUCCAGAGUUGCACCGAGACAUGUUCCAAGCCGACUAUAUCUGUACCAUAGACUGUACCAGCUUGCGUGAGUGGCCCAGGAUGUAUAUUGUCUGGAGUACA